AUGGGAGACCUCAGUAGACAGCAGAGCCAUCAGCACCUGCUCGCAUCAGACGACACGAACUCACUCACCAGCUUUCCCGACCCGGAAGCCGAACAGAAGGGCGAACAGGAUGGCGAGCAUGGAGCGAAGGCAUCUCUUCAUGACUUGCUGGCUGGCAUUGGUCCUUCCAUAUUCGACGACCCCGCCAGAGAGGCUCCUACUGACCCACAGACCCUGUCUAAGGUGCCGUCACCUGUACUUCAGACGAUCAUUGACCACAACGGUGCAGUAGCGCUCGUAAGAAGACUUUCGAGACUUCUUGCAGAGCGUGAUGCUCACAUCACAGCCUUGACACGCCUUGCUGAAGAGUACAAGAUCCCCAAGGCGCGUGUCGAAGACACUGCUUCGCGUAUCAAGCAGGCAGAGCAGAGACGCCAUGCGUUGCAGCAGGCAGCCGAGGAGGAGCUUGCAAUGCCUGCGAAAACUGACAGCAUACGGUCUGUCCCCACGCCCUCUGCUGAAGUCCCGACAGCAGGACAAAAGCUCGCUAGACUCUUUGGUGGCGGGACCGUCAGGCGCCGAUCGCCCGCCUCACCACGCUCGACGUCUAUUGUACCAACCGCCGAUCGCAAGCGUACCGAGUCUGAUGCUCGGAGCGUACAGAGCGCAGAUAGUGGUUGGGCUGCCAGCCUGUUCGGCGGCUCAACUCUGAAGCGCCAAGACACAAACACGACUAGAGAGCCGGUUGAGCUUACAACACAACAUGACCGAGACGAUCUACCGCCGACUCUUCAGGAGGCUAGACAGGAUCCUCAGGAAGCUGCCUGGAACAAGUUCCUGCUCAGCAUCACCAAAGCUCGAUCCAAAAGUGGCCAUGCAGCGCAAACCAACGGUGGCGGUCUUGUCGGUCCUCUGGUGGGCCAGCAAAAGAUGAAAGCCUUAACACUGCUUGUCGUGGCUGGCGUGCCUCUGCAUAUGCGGCAGUAUCUUUGGCUUGAGCUUUCGAAUACAGAGAGCAUCGUAGACCCUGGCGAAUACGAUUCUUACCGAUCGAACGCGGAUGUCCUCGAUCAGAGCGAAAUUGAUGCCAUAGUCAAUGACGUGCCACGAACCUUGACACAGUCUCGCAAUUUCUACACGAACAAAGGCUUUCAACGUCUCAAGGAGGUACUGCUGGCUUUUGUUGCCAAGUAUGACGAUCUCGGCUAUACUCAGGGUCUGAACAGCAUAGCUGGGUAUCUACUUCUUGCAAUGCCGCAAAGCGAGGACGCAUUCUGGCUGCUAUGCAACAUGGUCGAGCAAUACUUUCCGAAGGAUUACUUCGCUCGCGAUGCUGCACUUUCUGGUCCACUCGCAGAUGUCAUAGUACUACGAUCAUAUAUCAAAGAGCUGAUGCCGCAGCUUGACAAACAUCUCGAAGACAUCGGCAUAGACUCGCAGCGGACGGUGCCAAUGCGUUGGUUCUUCACAGCCUUCUCCAAUGUGCUUGGUGAGGAUGCACUGAUGCGGGUCUGGGAUAUCUGGCUAUGUCUCCCAGGCCAGAAGACGUUCUUGUUCAAUGUAGCCUUGGCGCUUUUAAUGCAGAAUUUGAAUGGUCUUUUGGCUUGUGAGACUGAAGGCGAUUUCUGGAUGUACAUGGACGACAAGGAGAGUUUCAAGGUAGAUGGCGAUAUCGAGUGGGUGAACAGGCUGAUCAAGUCUGCGGUGGAUCUGCGGAAAGAACUCAUGAAGGUCGAGGAGAGGCGUGCAUGGGAGACUAAGCUUUUGAGGAAGAAGGCUGGGAGUUGUGAGGCCCUGUAUAGUCCUGACGAUCCCACCGACAUGCCGAAGAGUGUGAAGACGUAG